UUAAUCAGAUCACGCUCUUGGAAAAUUACCAGAAUUUACACUAUCAGUCGUCAAUUCUUGCUGGUCAGAUUCGACAGGAUGUUUGCGUCUACCAAAUUUUCUCUCUUGCAAAUUUUGCUGGUCAUUCUGUCCAUUUCCAUUACGAGGACGAAUGGUGUGAAGCUUGGGAAGUUGGACUGCUCGGAGAACGAUGGCCUCAAACCAGACUCUGACCUGCUCAACCUGAUCGUGAGCAAAUGUCAGCCGAAACAAGGCCAACCCGAAAAGAUGAUUGCGGCUUGUUUGAUGAAGUGUUUGAUGAAGCAGCAGAAGGCGGUUGAUAAGAAAGGAAAGUUGAAGCACGACAAGGCCCUCGGCGUCGUCGAAAUCUUUCCUGAAAAGUUCAAGACCAACAUCACGGCCAAAUUCGAACAGUGCUGCACCGACAACAAUGAUAAGCUCAAAAAAGAGCCCAACGGCUGCGAAUCCUGGCUUCCAUUUUCGGAAUGCUUCUACGACUUUGCAAAAUCGCUUUGUCCGUCAGAGAAGGAGAGGAAGAGAUUGGCCUCGACCACACCGUCCUCCGAUACAACCACCCACUAAUCAAACUUUUCCAAUUUGUAGUUUUUAUUGCAGAAAUAAACUGUUAUAAUUUUGGUCUUAUAAAA